UCGCGAGGCGCUAUCUUUUGAGACAUUUCGUCGCCUGUUUCUAUUGCUGCACGAAUAUGCCAUCGAACACCAGAAGGGCAUCGAGCACGGAAGCGGCAGGAAACACUAAGGCACCGGACGGGAAUGGUACAUCCCUGAGUUCCACUAGUCGCAGUGCAACGAGUGCAACGGUGGCGGACACCGGAAGCACAGUCACUACAGACGCCAUCACAUCUGAUGUCGAUGAACCCGGAGAAACAACAGGUUCCAGUGGUGUUCGACCGAUUGAUGCCAACAAUAUUGCACCUGAAAAGAUGGUACCUCAAGCCAGUGGAGACAGAGCUGCGCAAAACAUGUACCAAGAACUGCAGGCUAAACUGAAAACAUCGAACCGUGGGCAGCCUCCAGGUAGAAAGACGCCUUCAGGUGCACCGGAUGAAAGAUCCUCCACACCCGGGAUGGUACUAGUUCGCUGCAUGGCUCCGCCGUCUGUCCUUGGCCAUCGGAAAUACGAAUAUGGUACUGUUGUCUGAGUGUCAUUCUACCUCUGGCGUCUGUCUUGGCUACCAUAGCCUACUCACUCAGCGUUCUUCUCCGGUUAGAAGACAGUCCGAUCGUGAAUGGCAGGGUAACGCGCACAUAUUUUAAUACUCCAGUGAAUAACCUAUCAGAUCCAAAUAUCAGUACCUCAGUUGCUCCAUAAAUCUUAGGAACGAAGGGUUUUUCCACGGCACCUAACGAUGAACCACAUAUCCAAUGACAGGGAACCUACAAUCAGCUACCCUCACUUCAACAUAAUAAAGUUCAAUGCAUUAAAUAAUGUA